UUUCUUUAAGUUUCACUUUGUGUUUUCUGUAAAAACUGCUGCGUUAUACCCACGACCGUCGAACGGAGAUACGACCUAAGAUACUUUUAUUUAUUGUGUUUGAAUAUCUGACAGCUGACUUCAGUAACAGCUGAUACUUAUUUACACCAAAUCAUCCAUCGUGUGACUCGAUCAGCUCAAAGGUGAAGUCAUGUCACUUCUACUGAAGGAAAUAAUGAACUUAAGUAAAAGAGCAGCUGAUGUGUUCAGACGGGCUGAAUUAAACACCGACAAGGACCUGAGGUCACUGACUCGACAGGAUCUGCAAGACCUGUUCCCUGGAGCUGAGCAAUUCAAACUGAGAAGGGCCAUCUUUGAUAUCAUACACAAACAGAAACCAGUUGAAAAGCUGCUGAGAGAUGUGAAGAAGUUCAUCCCUGAUCAGUCUCUCAGAGAUGCUCUAACCAACAAUGGAGUCUUGGUGGAUUACCUCCAAAUCCUGAAGGACAUGAAGUCUCAAAUGAAUAAUGUCCAGAGUUUCCUUGACGCUCACAUCGAUCUUCUGGAAGAAUACAGUACAAAACAGCCGGACCAGAUAUCAGCCCGUCAUGAUCCACCGAAGCUCUACAGUGGCCAACCUGCUGGCCUUCGACAAGUAGCACGAGAUGUCUCUGACAGCAGUGAUCAAAUGAUGCCUUCACCUGGUAGCCAUUCACAAGGAGGACGAGGUUCAAGUGCCUCAGCCACCUCUCGUCCAGUUGACUCCCUCAAUGACCAAACCAGUGUCUAUCCACAAGGAGAAAAUGGCUCUUCAUCAGGUGCAGGUUACUUGGACCACUGUGGUCCAAUGAGUGUUACCCAUGCACAGCAACCACAAAGCGAACCCUUCAUCGUUUUGUCUCCACAAGACUUUGCAGAAACCAGAUUGGUGUACCAGAUGGUUGUCGCUGGUAAAACCUUUGAUGCCCAUGUGCAGCUGAUGGACAAAGUGAAGGAACAGGUUCAGAUUCCGAUUCAGUCCGCUAAAAGCGAUGAGGAUUACCAGGUCACUUUUGUCUUCUGCCCCAUCAGUUCACGCGUUGCGUCAGAUGUUGAGGCAGCCAUGGCUGAUGUUAAAGCAUACACCAUGGAUGUCAGAGGUGAUAAACCUGUGAUUCUGGUGUUGAUGCAUCACACACGGGAGGUCAAGUACACAACACCUAUGAGAACAUGGCGUGAAGAUAUUGAAGUCAUCUUGCAUGUCAACGUUUUCUACCAUGAGACAAUGCAUGGAUUACUGAAGUGUGAGCAAAAUAAUGCUGCUGCCUCUCAGAUACGUGACAAAUUACUGGAGUGCUGCUUGGGGAGUGGAAAUGCCCAGGCUGUGGGUGCUGAAAGUGAAUUGACUGGGAGUACUUCUGGUAGAGAUGGUGGUAACAACAGGCACUCUGUCUCUGACAGAAGUAGCAGUAGUCGUAACUGGCUUUCAAGUAAUUGGCCUUUUGGUAACUAGUGUUGGCACUGUUGAUGGUGGUCAUGAUUGUAUUAUUUUAGUUCACAUCACAAGUACAACUAUAUGUAAUGUAAGGUAUUAACUGCAAAACUAAAGCAGCAAAACUGAUUGUUUUACAUAAUUUACUGAUGACAGAAAAACAUUAUUUUAUCCUCCUUGGUUUACUCAGAUCAGCCUCUGAAAGUGGUGUACUGAAAUGAUGUUAGUUUUCAUGUUAAUCAUGGGUGUAAAUAGCUAAAUGCUAAGUUGUGUACCAUUUUCCUGCCAUUGAUUUUUUUUAAUUUAGAUCUUGCACUUGUGGUUUGGCAGUUUUUGAUGCAACCAGUCAAAAACAAACAAAAACAUUUGAGCUGUCAUUGGCCAUCAGACUUGAUGAAGAAUGUUAUAAUAAAAUGUAGUUCCUCUAAUGAAAUGUAUAGAAUUUAGUUCCUCAGUUAAUACUGUUGUUUCUGUGUAGAAAUAUAUAUAUAUAUAAAGACUUAAAUGCAAGUAAUUAAAGAGUGCCACAAAGCUCAGUGACUAACUAAAAAUAUAUACUAUGUGUAUUUAGGGUGGGUCUUAAAAAUUAAUGCAAAAAUUAAGAGUAAAUAUAAAGUGUUUAUUUUAUUUUAUUGUAUUUGAUUUUGCUGUAAAGCAUGAAUGUGCAUCAGUGUUGUGCCUUAUUGUAAAAUCAUGUUGCAGAAAGCAUGUGUAAGGUGUGAUGAUUAUUAACACUUUCAAUAAACUGCAAUUAGUGUGUUAUCAUA